AUGGCGGCAACAUACCAGGCGCAGACACAGAAACAACAGGCAGCUAUUGCCCCCACUGGAGUUGGCCUCUAUGCACGAUUCGCACUCGCCGGUGCCAUCUCCUGUGGUACCACCCACGGCUCUCUUACUCCAGUCGAUGUUGUCAAGACUCGCAUGCAACUCGACCCUGUCACCUACAACAAGGGCAUGAUGGGCUCGUUCAAACAGGUCAUCAGGAACGAGGGAGCAGGUGCACUUUUGACAGGAUUCGGACCCACAUUCAUCGGAUACUUUCUCCAGGGUGCCUUCAAAUUCGGAGGAUACGAGUUCUGGAAAAAGACUAUUAUCGACCAAAUCGGUGAACAACGCGCGAUCGAGAACCGAAUUGGUGUCUAUAUGGUCGCCUCGGGUGUUGCAGAAUUCAUUGCAGAUAUUGCCCUAUGCCCGUUGGAAGCUACUAGGAUUCGUCUUGUGUCGCAGCCGACGUUCGCGAAGGGGCUGGUGUCUGGGUUCAACAGGAUCCGGGUAGAGGAGGGAAUCGCGAGAGGGUUCUAUUCAGGCUUUACACCGAUUGUGUUCAAGCAGGUGCCGUACACGGUCGCGAAAUUCGUGGUCUUUGAACGGGCGAGCGAGUCGAUUAUGAAGAAGUUGGGUGGAGACCAUGACUCGUUGUCGGAGAGAACCUUGACCGGUGUGCAUCUCGUCUCUGGUCUGAUCGCCGGAUUUGCGGCUGCUGUGAUCUCCCAGCCGGCGGAUACAUUGUUGUCAAAGAUUAAUAAGGCGCCGGGUGAUGGACCUAUCACGACGAGGUUGGCUGGGCUGGCGAGAGAGCUUGGGUUCAGGGGACUCUUCCUUGGCCUUGGACCUCGUAUUAUCAUGGUCGGCGCUCUUACUUCGCUGCAGUUUGGUAUCUAUGGCGAGUUGAGGCGAGUCUUUGGCGCUGGCGAAGGCGUCAUUAUCAUGAAGAUGGCCGACGACUAA